CAGGUGCGCACGUGUAUUGUGCAUAGAAAUUAUUCGCCGGACGAAGAUAAAUAAACAGAUAUUACAAAGAAUCUAAUAGUAUAUUGUUAACAUUCUUGUAAAAUAUUUGUAUGUUCUUGUUGUUUUAUCAUAUUUAUUAAGAUGCGCUGGUCAAUCCCCAAACCAAUUUAUUAUUAUUCAGCUGGAGUUACUAUUGUUGGAUCAGGUUAUUUAUUAAAAGACUAUUUAUCUGGUACAAAAUAUUCGGGAGAAGAAAAGCUAGAUGAUAAAGUGGUUAUAGUGACUGGAUCAAAUACUGGAAUUGGUAAAGAAGUAGUUCGUGAUUUGGCUAGACGUGGAGCAAAAGUCUUAAUGGCUUGCAGAGACAUGGAAAAAUGUGAAAUAGCCCGUCGUGAAAUAGUAGUAGACAGUAGGAAUAAGUAUAUUUAUUGUAGAAAAUGUGAUUUAGCUUCUCAGCAAAGCAUAAGAGACUUUGUAGACCAAUUCAAGAAAGAAUUCAACAAUCUACAUAUUCUUAUAAACAAUGCAGGAGUAAUGAGAUGUCCUAAAAGUUAUACCAAGGAAGGAAUUGAAAUGCAGCUUGGAGUAAAUCAUAUGGGACACUUUCUAUUAACAAAUUUAUUGUUAGAUGUUUUAAAAGAGUCUGCACCAUCAAAAAUUAUAAAUGUAACAAGUACUGCACACAAACGUGGUCAUAUUAAAUUAAAAGAUUUAAAUAGUGAGGAGAACUAUGAGCCUGGAGAUGCAUAUGCACAAAGUAAAUUAGCUAAUAUUUUGUUCACAAGAGAAUUAGCUAACAAAUUAAAAGGUACUGGUGUUACAGUAAAUGCUGUACACCCUGGCAUAGUAAGAACAGAAAUAAUGCGACAUAUGGGAAUCUAUCAAAGUACUAUGGGCAGGAUUAUUGUAGACGCACUGACAUGGAUAUUUAUUAAAACACCUGUUAAGGGGGCACAGCCAAUUCUACACGUGGCAUUAGAUCCAUCUGUAAAAGAUGUAACUGGAGCUUAUUUCGACAAUUGCAAAAUGUCUGAUGUUUCUGAAGAAGCAAAGAAUGAUGAUAUUGCAAAAUGGUUGUGGGAAGUUAGUACUAGGUGGACUAAACCGAAUUCUGUAUAAUACGGCACUAGUUGUAUCGAUUUCGAGUGGAUCCGAUUAUCGUUUUAAGUUUAUAAUACAGACAAUAAUAUGCAUCAGAUUGUUUUGAG